AUGGAACCCGAAGAAGAAAGGAUUCGUUACAGCCAGAGAUUGCGUGGUACCAUGCGACGACGCUAUGAAGAUGAUGGCAUUUCAGAUGAUGAAAUUGAAGGGAAAAGAACGUUUGACUUGGAAGAGAAACUCCACACCAACAAAUAUAACGCAAAUUUUGUUACUUUUAUGGAAGGAAAAGAUUUUAAUGUGGAGUAUAUCCAGCGGGGUGGUUUAAGAGAUCCUCUGAUUUUCAAGAAUUCCGAUGGACUUGGAAUAAAGAUGCCAGAUCCAGACUUCACUGUGAAUGAUGUCAAAAUGUGUGUGGGGAGUCGUCGUAUGGUGGAUGUCAUGGAUGUGAACACACAGAAAGGCAUUGAAAUGACCAUGGCUCAGUGGACACGCUACUAUGAGACCCCAGAGGAGGAGCGAGAAAAACUCUAUAAUGUCAUCAGCCUAGAGUUUAGCCACACCAGGCUGGAGAACAUGGUGCAGAGGCCCUCGACGGUGGAUUUCAUUGACUGGGUAGACAAUAUGUGGCCAAGGCAUUUGAAAGAAAGUCAGACUGAAUCAACAAAUGCCAUCUUGGAGAUGCAGUAUCCUAAAGUGCAGAAGUACUGUCUGAUGAGUGUCCGAGGCUGCUAUACUGACUUCCACGUGGACUUCGGUGGUACCUCUGUUUGGUAUCACAUCCAUCAAGGGGGAAAGGUCUUCUGGCUCAUCCCCCCUACAGCCCACAACCUGGAGCUGUACGAGAAUUGGCUGCUGUCAGGGAAACAGGGAGACAUCUUUCUGGGUGACCGGGUAUCAGAUUGCCAACGCAUUGAGCUCAAGCAGGGCUAUACCUUCGUCAUUCCCUCAGGCUGGAUUCAUGCUGUGUAUACUCCUACAGACACGUUGGUGUUUGGAGGCAAUUUUUUGCAUAGCUUCAAUAUCCCCAUGCAGUUAAAAAUAUACAACAUUGAAGAUCGAACACGGGUUCCUAAUAAGUUCCGCUAUCCAUUCUACUAUGAGAUGUGUUGGUACGUGUUGGAGCGCUAUGUGUACUGCAUAACCAACCGCUCUCACCUAACUAAGGAAUUUCAGAAAGAGUCCCUUAGCAUGGAUUUGGAGUUAAAUGGAUUGGAGUCUGGAAACGGGGAUGAGGAAGCAGUAGACCGAGAGCCCCGGCGCUUGAGCAGCAGACGUUCUGUCCUCACCAGCCCUGUAGCCAACGGGGUCAACCUAGAUUAUGAUGGACUGGGCAAAACCUGCCGAAGUCUUCCAAGUCUGAAGAAAACUUUGUCUGGGGACUCAUCCUCUGACUCUGGCCGGGGUUCCCAGAAUGGCCAAGUGUGGGAUUCCCAGUGUAGCCCCCGAAAGGACCGACAAGUGCAUCUGACCCAUUUUGAGCUUGAAGGCCUUCGUUGCCUUGUAGAUAAAUUGGAAUCUCUGCCACUGCACAAGAAAUGCGUCCCCACAGGGAUAGAAGACGAAGAUGCUCUCAUUGCUGAUGUGAAGGUUUUGCUGGAGGAGCUUGCCAACAGUGAUCCCAAGUUAGCCCUCACUGGAGUCCCUAUAGUACAGUGGCCCAAAAGGGAUAAGCUUAAAUUCCCAACCCGGCCAAAGGUGCGGGUUCCUACCAUCCCCAUCACAAAGCCUCACACUAUGAAACCAGCCCCACGGUUAACACCUGUGCGCCCAGCCGCUGCCUCUCCCAUUGUGUCUGGAGCCAGACGGAGACGAGUGCGAUGUCGAAAAUGCAAAGCCUGCGUGCAAGGAGAGUGUGGUGUUUGUCACUACUGCAGGGACAUGAAGAAGUUUGGGGGGCCUGGUCGCAUGAAACAGUCCUGUGUUCUCCGGCAGUGCUUGGCACCCAGACUGCCUCACUCCGUCACAUGUUCCCUCUGUGGAGAGGUGGAUCAAAACGAGGAGACACAGGACUUUGAGAAGAAACUCAUGGAAUGCUGUAUCUGCAACGAGAUUGUUCAUCCUGGCUGCCUCCAGAUGGAUGGAGAGGGGUUGCUUAAUGAGGAAUUGCCAAAUUGCUGGGAGUGUCCAAAGUGCUACCAAGAGGACAGCUCAGAAAAAGCCCAGAAGCGAAAAAUGGAAGAGAGUGACGAAGAAGCCGUGCAAGCCAAAGUCCUCCGGCCCCUGCGGAGCUGCGACGAGCCCCUCACGCCCCCACCUCACUCGCCCACCUCCAUGCUGCAGCUCAUCCACGACCCGGCCUCCCCCCGGGGCGUGGUGACUCGGUCAUCCCCUGGGGCCGGCCCCAGCGACCACCACAGUGCCAGCCGCGAUGAGCGCUUCAAACGGCGGCAGUUGCUGCGGCUGCAGGCCACAGAGCGCACCAUGGUACGGGAAAAGGAGAACAAUCCCAGCGGCAAAAAGGAGCUGUCUGAAGUUGAGAAAGCCAAGAUCCGGGGAUCGUACCUCACUGUCACGCUGCAGAGGCCCACCAAAGAGCUCCACGGGACAUCCAUUGUGCCCAAGCUGCAGGCCAUCACGGCCUCCUCUGCCAACCUUCGCCAUUCCCCCCGUGUGCUGGUCCAGCACUGCCCAGCCCGAACCCCCCAGCGCGGGGAUGAGGAGGGGCUGGGGGGAGAGGAGGAGGACGAGGAGGAGGAGGAGGAGGAAGAUGACAGUGCAGAGGAGGGGGGUGCGGCCAGGCUGAAUGGCCGGGGCAGUUGGGCUCAGGAUGGAGACGAAAGCUGGAUGCAGCGGGAGGUCUGGAUGUCUGUCUUCCGCUACCUCAGCCGCAGAGAACUUUGUGAAUGUAUGCGAGUGUGCAAGACGUGGUAUAAAUGGUGCUGCGACAAGAGACUUUGGACAAAAAUUGACUUGAGUAGGUGUAAGGCUAUCGUACCCCAGGCUCUCAGUGGCAUCAUCAAGAGGCAGCCAGUUAGCCUCGACCUCAGUUGGACCAACAUCUCCAAAAAACAGCUGACAUGGCUCGUCAAUAGGCUGCCAGGACUGAAAGACCUCCUUCUAGCAGGCUGCUCCUGGUCUGCAGUCUCUGCCCUCAGCACCUCCAGCUGCCCCCUUCUCAGGACCCUUGAUCUUCGGUGGGCAGUAGGAAUCAAGGACCCUCAAAUUCGGGACUUGCUGACUCCACCGGCGGAUAAACCGGGCCAGGACAAUCGCAGCAAGCUCCGGAACAUGACCGACUUCCGGCUGGCGGGCCUUGACAUCACAGACGCCACACUUCGUCUCAUCAUUCGCCACAUGCCCCUCCUGUCUCGACUCGACCUCAGUCACUGCAGCCACCUGACAGACCAGUCCUCCAAUCUCCUCACCGCUGUUGGGUCUUCCACUCGUUACUCCCUCACAGAGCUCAACAUGGCAGGUUGCAAUAAACUGACAGACCAGACCCUGAUCUACCUACGGCGCAUCGCCAACGUCACCUUGAUCGAUCUUCGAGGAUGCAAGCAGAUCACUCGAAAAGCCUGCGAGCAUUUCAUCUCAGACUUGUCCAUCAACAGUCUCUACUGCCUGUCUGACGAGAAGCUGAUACAGAAGAUCAGCUAA